AGAAGUCACAUCAUGUCAGACGGGUCACCUAUGCCGACAAUGUAGUGUGUUUACCGUGGUUUACAAUGGGCGGACAGGUGUGCACUGUGUGUCAGUGUGUUACAGACAGGCUCGCGCAGGUGGACUAGUCAGACAGGUUUGGACUGGGAGCCUUUUGUUCACUUUUUUUGAAGGCGAUGUAGGAAAGUUAUCAUGAAAAUAGUCGCAGCUGUAGCGCUUAUACAUUUGUGUUUAUCUGCGACAGCGGCAGUUUCGGAUAAUGGCUCCACCGAAACGGCGCUGGAAGCCGCACCGGGCGACAUCGCUCUACUUCCGUGUUACACCGUCGGUAAUGUAACACCGACCUUAACGACAUGGAUGAAAAAUGGACGAGAAGUCAUUAGGGGUGGAGGUUCUUCGCCGAGCCCUUCUCCCGCCGCACAGCGUCUGAUGGUAAUGCAUGACGGGAGCCUGAACAUCGGUUGGGUGACACCUGGAGAUGAGGGCAGCUACCUGUGCAGCUCCACACUACCUGGCAACAAUACAUUCCAUGCACGUGUCCUGCUCCAAGUAACCAGUGGUCCAGAAAACGUGUCUGUGUCCAUCGGCCCAGCCCACGCCCUGUCCAAUGGGACGCUCAUCGUCUAUCAGGGCUCGACCGUCUCCUUUAACUGCUCCGGCUCCUCCUACCCCUCUCAGCAGCUGACCUGGGCCUUCAGAGGAGCUUCGUCCAGCAACGACUCACUGGUCUCAGGUACUGGAGCCUGGCUGGACUACGGGAUAGAAGACAUUCAACCCGGCGCUCAGGGAGUUUACAGCUGCAGGGCCCACAACACCGUCUCUCAUCAGGCAGUCAACAAGAGCACGCAGCUGCUAGUGUACUAUGCCCCAGAAAGACACCCUGAGUGUAUGUGGUCACCAGCGCAGGACCUCUCCUACAUCCAGUUCAACUGCAGCUGGUUUGGAGCGUAUCCCACCCCGACGCUGAGCUGGGAGGAAGACCAGGGAGCCCAGUGGCAAGGACGCGUUUAUGCAACGGAGGUGACGGACAGUCUGUCGGUGACACUGAACCGCUCCCAGCUGUCUGAUGGGCAGACGCUGAGGUGCACGCCCCGGCACCAAGCGCUCGCUUCGGGAAAGGAGAAGUCGUGUUGUUUUACCCUCAAGCCUCCGUAUCCUGAAGGCGAGCCGAUGGUCACGGCUCUGGAGGCGACCAGCGUAACUCUAAUCUGCACUGAGGCCACGUCCACCCCCCCUGCAAACACCUCGUGGAGAAAGGGACUCGAGCAGGACAACAUCGUGCCCGGGUCAAAGUAUGUCCUGUCUGAGGAAGGCCCCGUCUACAAGCUGACCAUAAACAACGUCAGCAAGGACGACGAAGGCGUCUACUUCUGCCGCAGCGAGAACCCCCUCGCCGUCAGCGAGCUGGAAGUCUACAUCACUGUGAAAGCCUCCUCUGAAUACACGGGAGCGAUCAUCGGCAUCUUUAUAGCAGCACUGAUCGUGGGAUCAGCCGUCAUCAUAGCUAAAACGGUUUACUCCAGCCGACACCGAAUUUGCCUGGGAAGUGGCUUCGGGCAAAUGGAGGAGGACAGAGGAGAUGUGCUGAGUCUGGUGGAGUCAGACGACGAGCAGAUCUUUCAAGACGCCGUCCCGCGGCUGCCUCCGCUGGUCAACGGACGCCACACGACGCUUGUCCAGAUACAUCGAAUCCCAUCGAGUGAUCAUGAGGACGCAGAAACUGCUGACACAAGCCCGGAGCAGCAGGAAGACACUGUACAGACAGAGGAGCCGGUGGAACUUGUAACAUUUUAGGUAUUGGGUGUUUUUAGAAAAAUGUUUUAUUUUUAGUUAAAUACUAUUUACUCCCAAUGAGAAUGUGAACAGAACUGGUGGAAGACAAAUGUAAAAGAAAAAUCUCUUUUAAUUUGUUUUGGGGUUUUUUUUUAAGCUUUUCUGUGAUUAACAUAUUUGUACAGUGUUUUGAAUAUGUUGCUCUGAUACUGACGUGAAUGCAGUAAAUGAAGUUGGUGAAUCCAAAGAAUAUGAUUGUAUGACUGCCGUCUUUUGCAUGGUGGAAAAAUGUCUUUGGUAACCCAUGACUAACUCCUCAUUCACAGAUCUACGCACAGCUCCACCCUGUGUUGUAACAUUUUCAGACUAACUAACAUGUUUUUAAAAAAUGUGGUAGAGUCAGUUUGUCACUCAUUAGGUUACCUUAUCUGGGAAACCAAGUGAAACAUCACUAACUUUUGACUCAAUGUGUCACUAUUGGACUUUGUUCUGUGUAAAUAUUUAAACUAAGAGUUGGUGAUAUGACCUGAGAGUAAAAUCACUGGUAAUCUGCAUUUAAAAAUGGAGUUGUGCGCUUACUUACAUAUGCGCUUAGCUAGAACACAAGAAGCAACUAUUAUGAUUUUCUUUAUUCAUUUAAAUCAAUCUUCAUGCAAAAAUACCAAACGUUUCCUCAUCUGAGUUUCUCAAUUGUUUGGCUUUGAUGAUUUUCUUUGUCUUAAUUCAUAGUAAAGUGGUUUGGACUGGUUGAACCAUCCUGGGCUUCAGACCGAUAUGAAGGACAUUUAAUUGACAAAAGAUUCACUGAUAAUAAAAACAAUAGUAAGCUGCACCCUAAGAUUAAUAAAACGUUUUUCUUUUUAAGGGAAUGACAACACUAAUUCAAAGUAGCUCAUGCUUUGGUGUGAAAUAUUCCAAGCCAUUUUUAUGGCUGCACUAUUACAGCAAAUGUUAAAUAUCAGAUAUUUGUAUGUUUUAAUAAUUAUUAUUAGUAGGAUGUAUUGUGAAUAAUGAUUUAACACACUUUCCUCUUCAGUUCACGCAGAGACAUUUUCCAUA